AUGGCGAAGACAUGGACUAUUGUGAUUUUCACCGACGAAGAUUCUGUUGAAGUAGUUCCGUCAAAUUGGAUAGUAAAUGACAAAUGUUAUUGGCCAUCGACGCUUACAUCUGAAAAAUUGAAGGCUGCAAUAAAACAUCACGAUGCAGUUAAUACUUCUUGGCCUUCAUAUCCUAUCCGGCUUAUACGAAAUGGAACUUUCGAUGAUUAUUCAACAGCAGAAGAAAAAUGUAAAAAGGCGGAAUAUUCGUCCGAUGUAAAUUCUGACAGAUCUAACAAUAAGCAGAAUGAUAGAUCUGACAGAAAUAAAAGGAAAAUAAUAAAAAAAACGUUCGGCUCUUCAUUUGAUGAGGACAAUCUAUCAUCAUCAGACGAUAACAAUAAUUUACAGACUAAAUUGCCGACUCCUCCACGUUUAACAAAUGACACCAGUACUUUUAUAAAUAGAACAAAGCCGAAAAAAAGGAGUGAAGCUAUUAAUAACGAUAGAAUUCGAAAUGAAAAGUUUGAAAGAAACUUAUUACAAUCAAUUGAAAAAUAUUUUAAAGAGAUUAUCCGCCAACAAAAUAUACUAAAAGCCAGCAUGUGGCAAUAUACAGAUUCGCUUCACGAAUUAACCACAUCGGUUAAUAGUAUUCUUACGAAUAAGGUAGCUCAUCAAGUGGAGGAAACAACAACUUCAUUCUUCACAAUGUUCAAUUUUCCGUUACAAGACGAAGAAAACUUAAUCCGCGUUGAUGAAUACUUAAAUGACGAGAAAAAUUUUAACGUUGCGAUGAAUGAACUUGCAAAAAUUGGUGGAAGUUCUGUACACAAUUUUACUCAAAGGGCUAUGCAAAUGUUGAUUACUAAUGACCUUGCAGCAACUUACAGCUGGUUGGGAAGGCGAGCCAAAAAACUUUUAACAAAUUAAAUUUAGCGGAUUUAAUAAUUGGUUCUGUCAAAAAAAGCAUCCCAAAUUCCACUAAUAAAGAGUGCGAAGAAGCAAUCCAAAAGUGGUUAAGGAGAGCCAAAGAACGUAGUAAUAAUAAUAGAAAACGUGGAGAGAAUAAUAAUGAUAUUGAGGAAAAUAAUCUUUAAUUGCACACACGAGAAGUUACUGUGGGAGACCCUCCUACUAUAGUGCAGAAACUGCGUGAAGAUUUGGCUGAAAAUUAAUUGGUGAAAUCAUUUAUUAGCAGCAACGUACCACAG